GAAAGCUCAGCGUGACAGUGUGCGAUCUCAUCUGUGUGACUGAACAUGGGACAUAUUUGGAUAUUCAAGAGCAUUUACAGCACGAGAAAUAAUAUCCAGCACAUCAGAUUAUCUAUUAAUCCCUCACCUUCCGCGCUUGGCUCCAGAACCGACUCAUUUCUCGGAGGGGCAGUGUGAAAUUACAUGAAUCUUUGUUAUUCAGAGGAAAACAGAGAAAAGGAGCCAUGGUUUCUACCAGACGCGCUAGCAUUGGCUGCUCAAGCUAAAUUAAGCCCGAUUGUGGAUAUUCUCACUCUCUUUAAAUGUCUUGGGUUUUCCUUAAAUUUCUAAAGGGAUGAAUUGUGUUUUUGCGACUGUCUGCUGCACUAGUUGAAUGAAAGCAGCGUAUUAAAUCAAUGUUACGCGUUUGUUGUUGACUCGCGCUAAGCUUGAAGCUAGCGUUAGCCGCCGCUGCGCUGCUGCUCGCAUCUGAACAACUGCUCGCUUUAAUACAUUUUAAUUCGUUUUAGGAUAACAGAUAUUUAUUCUCGUCGGCCAUAUUUGUAUAACGGAGUUGCUAAAUAGAAGUGAGUUUAGAUAAAUUAUUUCUUGACAUUUGGCAGGCGCGUGCUAACAAUGCAAUAGCUCCAUAGCUUUUAUUGUUGUAGCAAUAAUUUGCCGUGAUAAAACAGAUGUAUUCGGCAAUUUCUGGUGAUUUUUAAGUGUUUUGUUUUUAUUAUGUUUCUGUGACUAUCAUUUGAGCGUGUGUGAAGAAAUGUAAACAACCGAGCAGUUUGCCAGUCACCACCAAGUGUUUAUACACAGGGUGAUAUCAUAAAUAAAAAAGUUAAGGUCAGAAAAGUUAACAAGGGUGGACUUUUUAAAGUUAAUAACCUAUAAACGACACAAGGUUGCAUUUUUGCAUUGUUGAACCUGGCUUGGAAGGGUGGGAGAUGGUUUGAAUGGGUCUGUCUGCUGAUUUGGCUUAAUUACCCAUUCAAAGUGAGCAAUCAUGGGCACUCAGGGCAGCCCUGUGAAGAGCUAUGACUACCUGCUCAAGUUCCUCCUGGUGGGAGACAGUGAUGUGGGGAAAGGAGAGAUCCUGGACAGCCUUCAAGAUGGAUCUGCAGAGUCUCCAUAUGCCUACAGCAGCGGAAUCGACUACAAGACCACCACGAUUCUGUUGGAUGGGCGAAGAGUAAAACUAGAACUUUGGGAUACAUCGGGACAAGGCAGGUUCUGCACAAUUUUCAGAUCAUACUCCAGGGGGGCACAGGGGAUCCUGUUGGUGUAUGACAUCACCAACCGUUGGUCGUUUGACGGGAUAGACCGCUGGAUCAGGGAGAUUGACGAGCAUGCACCUGGUGUACCUCGUAUUCUUGUGGGUAACCGGCUGCAUCUGGCAUUCAAACGGCAGGUGCCCACAGAACAGGCGCGGGCGUACGCGGAGAAGAACGGCAUGACGUUUUUCGAAGUGAGUCCUCUCUGCAACUUUAACGUCAUUGAAUCGUUUACGGAACUCUCGCGCAUUGUGCUGAUGAGGCACGGUAUGGAGAAGUUCUGGAGGCCCAAUAGAGUAUUCAGUCUACAGGACUUGUGUUGCCGUGCCAUUGUGUCCUGCACUCCUGUGCACCUUAUUGAUAAGCUGCCACUUCCUGUGGCCAUCAAAAGCCAUCUGAAGUCCUUCUCCAUGGCGAAUGGCAUGAACGCUGUCAUGAUGCACGGCCGGUCCUACUCGCUGGCCAACGCUGCUGGAGGCAGCAAAGGCAACAGCCUCAAACGUUCAAAAUCCAUUCGGCCUCCUCAGAGCCCGCCCCAGAACUGCACCAGGAACAACUGUAAGAUCUCCUAGCUGGUGGGCACAGGGGCGGGGCAAGGCCAUCCCUUCCCUUUCAUAACACCGGUGCACACAGACAAACACACAGGGGCCGGGUCGAUGUGCCACUUCCCAGUGUAGCAGAACAGGUUGUGAACAAACUUCCUGUGCCCAGGGACGGCUACACUUUCUCCCCCACCUUGCUGCAGUACAUUCAGUAGGCACAUUCAGACCUGUUUGAUUUCUCACUCGCAGACCAUGACUAAAGGUCAGCUGUUCAUCAGACUCCUUGAUUUUGUUCCAGUGACCACUGAUUUUAUGUUUUCCUGCUGCACUAGCUCCCUCUGCUGGAGAAUUAAUGCAGAACAAACCCCUGAGUUGGAGAGUCAACAGACAUUUUGCUUUACUCUGAGUGAAGAGGCCUCUUUUGAAGUUGUUUUAUCGGCUUAUUACGCUUUGUGUUCACAUUGUUUUGCACAUACUGUACAUCCUCAGUAAAUACUGUGCUUUUCAAAUGUUGUUCCUCCUUUUAUGGUCUUUGUAUGGGCCUGUUCUCCAUACAAAAACUGAAGUAUCUCUAAGGGUCACAUGGUCUUGCAUGCUUAAAAAUAAUGAGUGUUUGAGGGCCGGUGCGAAAUUACUUGUAGUGCGUAAUUCUGAACUGAUGUAUUAAAAUUUUAUUUGCACUGCAAAUGGUUGGUCUCUAAAUUGGUCAAUGCUGCACGAUGGCUUCUACAAGAUAGUGAGUAUAUUGUUGAAUGUGGACUGUUAAAAUGGGACCACUGAUUGUUUACGAGCCCAAGAGCGAGAGCACAAGCAUUUCCAGGCAGACAGGGAUACUUCAUGAUACGUCACCAUCUCUCUUUGCUGGAAAGUCCUUGAAGAUCCUGAAAAUGAUUAAAUGAUCCCUCUUAAGAUGGAUACAGAAAAUUCUUGCUCAGGGGACAUUGUUGGCCAAGAGUUUUUUUUUUUUUUUUUUUCUUUUUUUUGUACCCCUCACUUUUGCUCUUUUUUUUUUUUUUCUGCAUGUCUUGUGGAGCAUUCUUCACAUUUACAAUAGUUUUUCCCUAUAAUGUAUGUAAUCACACCUGAGUUCAGUAAACCGGCCAACCUGAUGCCCAGUUCCCUCAUUCAGAAUCAAGCAUUGCUACACAUUCAGCACCAUUUUAGUACUUUCCAUUUUACCUUCUGUCCAGGGACAAUUUUUUCACCCUCAAAAUGUUUCAAAGCCUAUGUGUUCCAGUGUUCAGUGUUGUAGCAUGAGUUCAAAGCCUAAAGGGUCUUUGCUUGAAGCCCUUUUAACUGCACAUACAGCAAAGCAUGGUUUCUGUAUAGUUAUACUGAAACAAUGUCACAAUGAAGGAUUACGAACCCAUUCAAGCUUGCGUCUUAAUAUCAAGCACAAACUUAAGUGACGUCAUCAGUGCUGGAAUUUGUUGGUAGCAGAAUGUUAACUGCUGUUUUAAUCUACAUACGUCCUUUUUGCUUUUCCCUGUGGUAUCAAAUCCUGACAAAAGCAGCAGUGCAUCUCGUCCAGGUCUGAUGAUCCAUGGUUGUUGAAUAAUGGAUGCUCCUCUCGCAGAUCUCCAGAGAUUUCACUUCAUCAACCAUCCCCCGCCCCCCCGGCCGCUCCCUUAGUUGCCAUUUCUGUUCAUAGCACCAGAGAACAGCUCUUUGCCCCUUUCUCUCUUCUCCACCCCUUCUCUCAGGGACGAGUCCCAGCCUCCAGGAACAGACCUGCCCAAUGAAGCCUGUUUAAACCAGGCUGAGCAACAGGCUGCCAGCAGGGGGCCUUUAAACUUUCCCCGGAGAGCUGUGAGCUCUCUGUGUUUGACCUAUAAGCUAUCUGCUACAGGGCUUUUGCAGUCACCAGAGCUAAUAGAAUUAACUUGGCACUUGCUUUUAGAGCAGUUGUGCAUAUUAGUGUCCAUCUGUUGUGUACACAGUGGGUGACGUUAAAACUAAAGCAUCCACAUAAGGUGUUACUGGCCUGAGAAUGGUUCCCCCUUAAAGGGAUAGUUCACCCUAAAAUAAAAAAAUUCUGUCAUCAUUCGCUUACCCUCGUGUUUGUUCUGAACACGUUUGACUUUCUUACGAUGAACACAAGAAUAUGCUGGGCAGAAUGUUAGCUUCAAUUCACUGUAAUUGCUUUUAAUCUUUUUUCCAUACAAUGAAAGUGAAUGGUGAUGAAGAUAAAUCCACGAAGAAAUUAAGCCAUAUAGGUUCAGAACAACAAAAUGGUGUGGGAUUGGUCACAGAAUUUUAAUUUUUGGGUGAACUAUUCCUUUAAAUCUUUAAAGGAAAUGCUACAAAUAAGUUUUAUUCCUUUUUGGGCAUCUUCAGAAUCUGUAGGUAGUUUGAGCCUCUCAUCUGAGAGCAGUGGUUGUUGUUCUUUGUAAUGCACACCAUAUGAUGCAAAGAAAAUACGUGACUUAGCUAGAAAGUUCAAUUUCAAUGGUUUUUUUUUGUUUUGUUUUUGUUUUUUGGUAAAGUGUUCUUCCUCUUACCUAAAGCCUCCAAUGUUGUUCUGAUUUUUUAUAUAUAUAUAUAUAUAUAUAUAUAUAUAUAUAAAAAACAUGCUCAUAUUAAGUGUAACAGUGGGCAGUCAAGCAUGACAAGACCCUCCUGCUGUUGUAGGAAGGUGGUCUCCUCUGUGCGAGCAGAAUAAAGGGAAAUGUGAUUGGUGAAGCAGUAGGGACACAAUUGUAAACACUAUUUUCCUUUGGUUGAAGCUAAAAGCUGCUGAAUAACGUACAUAAAGAAUGAUCAGAUAUCAGAUUAUUCUUGCAACAACAAACAACAAUUUUUUUAAAUUAUUGAUUGUACAGUGUAUGAAAAGCAACAACUUUUUCACAAUAAAAUUGAUAGUUAUCUUUAAAACAAA